GUACUAGCAUUAAGCAGGAUUAUAAUGAGUACAUGUGGACUAUGAGAAAAGAGUUCGCGGAACCCGAACCUGAGCCCGUUGUAAAAGCUGAAGUAAAGCACAACGAGGUAUAACGAUACUUUUAGCGCGGCAAUGGCAACGACAACCACGUCCAAAAAGCAGAACACCGCCGACGAGGACGACGACACUUUCUAUUACAUCGGUGUAAAAGCGUCCCCGUUUGCGACCGAUUGUGCGGUCUUCGGUUUACCACCGAACGAGGCGUCGGCCUUACGCAGCCGCUUCCCGCUGUCCCCCAGUAGCCCGAAUGUCGUGAAUGGAAUUAUGAUAAAAGGCACGCCGUUCUCCGUUAUAAAUGCUUUAUCUGAGCUCGGCUAUCGAGUUGUUUGUAGUACCGGAGAAGCCGAGAUACUUUGGACAUUGCAGCGGGAAAGUUAGUGCUAUAAAAAUGGGCCUUACUACAAGCAUAUUAUAUAUCUAAAUGUAUAUCUUGUGACUUAAUACAUAUAUGUGUCUAUGAAUUAAACUGUAGAAAUUAGUGUCGAUAAAUCGAUGAAUUAUCAACAUCUUGCGACUUAUAUAUACAUGUGUCUGUGAAUCAAACUGUAGAAAUUAGUAUCGACGAAUCGAUGAGAUUUGCAAUAUCUUGUUUUUUUUUCGCAUAUAUGAAUGUUUGCCUAAAAUUAUGACUGUAACAGCGCUUCGGUGAAAUUUUGUCACACAUUUAAAUGUAUGUAUGUGCGGACCAAUUAAAAAGGGUUUAUUUUUCAAAGAUAAUCGAUUGUACCUUACGAAAUUGGACGGUACGUAUAUGUGAAGUGCAACUUUAGAUAGAAAUAAGAUAUUCCAUCUUUUUCCCUUAGGAAACUUACACGGUAGUGUAAGAAAUCACAUCUUGUACGAAAUCACACAAAUCACACAAGGAUUCUUACGUUAUCGAACGUGAUAUUUUGUGUACCGCAGCAAUGUUGAGUUUCUUUUACAACUUUGAAAAUGACGCGGUAAAAUUGUAUAAUCAUGAUAAGACUGUUGGGGGAAGGGGGGGCAUGAUUUCGAAGAUUGAACGUAAACACUUCUGCAUGUAAAAUAAUCGUAUUGUAGAUAAUAAUUUAGCGGACGCGGAAAUUUCGUCAGACCAAAGGAAUGUGCAUUGAUUGCAUUAUAUCUAUUAUAUGCAAUACGAAAGUAUUAAUUGUACAAUGAUUUGUGAUAUCUUUACCUCGUUGCGUGGAAACUGGGUUUUUUUAUGCUUUUGAGGGUCUACGACGCGUGUCUCGUAGGAUCCAGAUUGGGCCAAAUUGGUGCAACGUUGUUGCACCAAAUUGGCCCGUACUGGCUUCAAGCUGUCUAUAUUUGUGGAGAACGAAAUUUUAUUAUACGUGCAAAUUCUAUUUAUACAUACUAUACCUUUAUAUAGUAUAGUUAAUAGCAUAGUAUUAUCUAAUAGUAUCUAUGUAAUGUUUCUUUCCUACCAUGUGCUUUAAUAGGUGAUUUAUAGUACAAUUAUAGUACAAUUUAUUGUUGUUAUAUGCGAGAUAUUAUUCCGGAUCGAUCACGGUCCAAAGAGUUUAAGAGUGUAAAACCAAUAAGAAAAACAGCUGAUACAAUGUGGUGUUGUUUACUUGUGCUUUACGUCUGUCAAUCUUAUUGCAAAAUUAUUAAUGCCGAUCUAAAGAUUAUAUUGCAAAUUGUAAAUUUUAAUCGAAAGAUCUUAUUGCAAAUUAAAAAUGUUAAUCCAAAUGUUAAUCUAUUGUAAUUGAUGUUUCCUGUACUCGUUAAGAGCUGGAUCUAUUAUGGAAUCAAAUGAAAUUAUAAAAAGCAAUCGUUAUCUCGUAGCGUGACAAUUAUAUGUUAGUUUUCAUACAUAAGUAAUAAAAUCAAAAGUCUAGUUGGUGGCGGGAAAGAGUAAUUUAGCCUCGAAUUUAGCGUUAUAAUUUGACAGUCUGAAUAGUUGAUAUAGGUCGUUUGCAGCGUUUGCGCAAAAAACAUUCGAUGCGACGAAUUUUAUAUUUAUGUAUAGCUAAUAGUUUCUUUCACACUUGAAGCUAUAUUUUGUACGUACGACAGUUAUACACAAUAUACUCGGCGUAUAAUUGGACGUUGUACAUGAUCGUGUAAUAAUGUAUAAGAAAUAAAUAUACCGAUAAAGAGUG